ACGACAAUCAGACAUGUGUACAAUGCACGACAUAAGUACAGAGUGAUAGAGAAAGCGAGGAGAACUCAAAUGCAACAUCUAAUGGCUCGGCUACAACAUUUUAGCUAUGUGAAUUGGGACCGUUCGAACAAGGAUGAGAAUGUCACGGACUUGUUUUGGGCUCCCCCUUGUGCUGGAGAGAUAUUACGUGCUUUCCCUCGAGUGUUAAUGAUGGAUUGCACGUACAAGACAAAUAGGUACAAGUUUCCAUUGCUGCAAAUUGUUGGCGUAACAUGUACGGAGUUGACUUUUAACGUAGCCUUUGCUUUCAUUGAGUGUGAAAAGGCGGAAAACUACACUUGGGUGUUGGAGAAGUUAAAGGGCAUGAUGGAUGCUGAUUCACUUCCGGUUGUUAUCGUCACGGAUAGGGAGUUGGCGCUUAUGAAUGCCAUCAGAAGUGUUUUCCCUCAUGCUACCAAUCUCCUAUGUAGGUUUCAUAUCUCAAAGAACGUCUUAGGUAAGUGUAGGAAGAUGUUUGAUGAUAAGACGUGGGAGGAGUUUAGUUGUAGUUGGGGCCUAAUUGUCCUUUCAGCGAGUGUUACACAGUAUGAAGAGCGCCUUCGUUCUUUGAAGCGUGAUUUUCAAAUGUUUCCUGCAGCACUAGAUUAUGAGGAGAAAAAUUGGUUAAUACCUUAUAAGGAGAGGUUUGUUGGAGCUUGGACGGAUAAAGUCAUGCAUUUUGGUAACCUAACAAGUAAUAGGGCGGAGAGUGCACAUGCUGCGCUAAAACAUCAACUAGAGUACUCCCAAUGCAACUUUAACAAUAUAUUGGAGAAAAUGCACCGACUUAUUUUGUUACAAGAAACUGAAGUCAAAGCUUCUUUGGAGAAGAGUCUUACUUCUAUCCCACAUGAAUUUAGGAGUCCUCUAUUUGAGAUGCUGAGGGAAGUUGUUUCGAAGAAUGGCAUGACACAUGUUCUAGCCGCGUCACGUCAAGUUGAAUGGAUUGUGGAAUCGAACUAUGCGUGCGAAUGUGCUUUGAGGUACACCCAUGGUUUACCUUGCGCUCAUGAGAUUGCUCAUUACAAGACGAAAAAUAUCCCUCUACCGCUUGAGUUAAUACACGACCAUUGGAAAAGGCUGUCUUUGGUUCCAGCCAAGAAUGAUGCUUCGUUGGGGGAGACAAUGAAGGCUAAGUUUUAG